AUGGCCUCAGCUACACAAGUCAAAGCUUCUGUUCUCAACGGCAUCAGGGAUCUCCGUCUGCAAGACAGAGACCUCGCCGCACCGGCAAGCGAUGAGAUCCAAGUAGCCGUCCAGUCCACCGGCCUCUGUGGCUCAGACCUCCACUACUACAACCACUACCGUAACGGGGACAUCAUUGUGCGCGAACCCCUGACCCUAGGUCACGAGUCGAGCGGCACCGUCGUCUCCGUGGGCAGCAACGUUGCCCCGUCAUCCUUCGCCCCCGGUGACCGCGUAGCCCUCGAAGUCGGUGUCCCCUGCGAGGAGUGCGAGUACUGUCUCAAGGGGCGCUAUAACAUCUGUCGAUCUAUGAGGUUCCGCAGCUCGGCCAAGGCGUUCCCUCAUUUCCAGGGGACGCUACAGGAGCGCAUCAAUCAUCCUGCCAAGUGGUGCCACAAGCUUCCCCCCUCUAUUUCCCUCGAUCUAGGUGCCCUGAUCGAACCUCUCUCCGUGGCUAUGCACGCCCGCGACCGUGCCAAUCUCCCCGCCGACUCGACAGUUCUCGUCUUUGGCGCCGGCGCGGUCGGCCUUCUCGCCGGAGCAGUGUGCAAGGCUGCGGGUGCCAAGACGGUCGUCAUCGCCGACAUUCAAAAGGACCGCGUGGACUUCGCCGUGGCAAACGGCUUUGCUGACGCUGCCGUGGUGGUGCCCAUGGGCCGUCCCCAGACUAUCGAGGAUAAGCUCGAGUAUGCUCAGACUGUGGCCGACUCUAUCAAGGCCACCAAGGUAAAUGGGGAGCCUGUGGGCGAGCUAACAGCCGUGUAUGAGUGUACUGGUGUCGAGACUUGUCUCCAGGCCUCCAUCUAUUCUGCCAAGCCUGGAGGGAAGAUCAUGAUUAUCGGCAUGGGAACGCCCAUUCUCACGCUGCCCAUGUCAGCUGCUGCCCUCCGCGAAGUCGAUCUCGUGGGCGUCUUCCGCUACGCAAACACCUACGCCCCCGCCAUCAAGAUGCUUUCUGACCCACCUGCUGCCCUGCCCGAUCUGACCAAGCUCGUCACCCAGAGGUUCAAGGGAAUGGAUAAGAUUCAUGAUGCGUUUACCACGGCUGGACAGGUUAAGGAUCAUGAUGGGAAGUUGGUUAUCAAGGUGGUGGUUGACAUGUCAUAG